UGCCCUCACUCGAUUUCAGCUUCAAAGCCUCACUGAGCGUGCUCCCUGCCGGCCUUGCCCGUACAAUGGAUGAAACAUGGCAGGCGCUGUGCGUCUGUAAGUAGGUUCCACCCGCGUGCGUUUGGCAGCUGCUUGCUUUCAGUUGCGUCCACUAAAGACAACAUGAGAAAUCUAAAACUUCUGAGAGUGCGGGAAUGCCAGCCAGUUCAAGCUCUUGGAACACCUCAGGGUUUCUGUAUCCGCUCCGACAGGGGGACGCUUUUAAUCACCACCGAGUAUGGAAUUGUGGAGCUAGAUCCAGUCACACAAGAGGUGGCAAAUGAAAUUCCUUUGACUGCUGAGGGUUUUCUCCCAGAAGAUGGAAGCGGGCUCAUAGUGGGUAUUGAGGACUUGCCUGAUCAAGAGUCUGUCUGUGUGGCUACAGCAACUGGAGAUGUUAUACUGUGCAACUUGAACACAAACCAGCUGGAAUGUGUUGGCAGCGUGGACAGUGGCCUGACUGUGAUGAGCUGGAGUCCUGACCAAGAGCUGAUUCUUCUCGCUACAGGUCAGCAGACACUCAUUCUGAUGACGAGGGAUUUCGAACCAAUUGCAGAAAGACAGAUCCAUCAAGAUGACUUUGGAGAAGGGAAGUUUAUUACUAUUGGAUGGGGUAAGAAGGAGACACAGUUCCAUGGAUCAGAAGGCAAACAAGCUGCUCACACCAAGUUACUGGAAGUGUCACCUGCUUUGCCAUGGGAUGACCGUAGACCUCGGAUCACCUGGAGAGGAGAUGGACAGUACCUUUCCGUGAGUGCUGUUUGCCCAGAGACAGGGGCUCGGAAAGUUAGAGUGUGGAACAGAGAGCUUAUUUUGCAGUCUACAAGUGAGCCUGUCCCUGGAUUAGAGCAAGCUCUGGCUUGGAAACCUUCGGGAAGCUUGAUUGCAUCCACGCAAGAUAAAGCCAACAAACAUGAUGUCGUGUUCUUUGAAAAAAACGGACUUCUUCAUGGUGAAUUUACACUUCCCUUUCAGAAAGGCCAAACCAAGGUAAAUGAACUGCUCUGGAAUUCAGACUCUAUGGUACUGGCUGUGUGGUUAGAAGAACUGGAAAGUGAGAAUAACUCUCAACCAAAGAUGUAUGUUCAGUUGUGGACAACAGGAAAUUAUCACUGGUACCUGAAGCAAAGCCUGCGUUUUGGGAAUGCCGAGGGCAGCCAGCAGCUUGUGUCCUUGGCGUGGGACCAGGAGAUUCCCUAUCGACUUCAUAUCCUCUGUCAACAGUGGCUUUAUCUUUGCUAUGACUGGCAGUGGAGUACUGACUGCAGCACUGGAGAAGGGGAAGGUGACUUGGCCAGCGUGGCAGUCAUUGAUGGAGACAAGGUGUUGCUGACUGCCUUUCGCCAUGCGGUGGUCCCCCCUCCUCUUUGCUCAUAUCAGCUCCAGCUCCCCAGCUCUGUCAGUGAAGUCGCCUUCCCUGCAGACCCUUCCAGAAGUGGAGACCUUGCGGUCUUGGAUGCCGACAACAGAAUUUCCAUUUAUAGAGCUGGUGGCGGUAGAGAUACAGACCCCACAGUUAAAAUUGGUGCAGUUGGUGGAAGUAGACUUAACUCUUCGGUUGCCGUCCCUUGGCUGGAAAAGUCAUACAGAAUAUAUCUUGGCCAUGAGAAAGAAGCAAGAAAUCCGCAGAGGCUUUGCCUUCUCACCUGGUUACAAGAUGACUUCUUCCUAGCUGCUAGCCAGGGGCACCUUCCUGCUUAUACUGCCAUUCACCAUCUGAAUCUGUCUUCAUCAGCAGAAGAAGGACACAUUGAUAUCUGCUCCCCUGUGACUGUGGAUGGAGAUGUAAUCAGCCUGUGUUGCAACCCAAAGACCAAAGUAGUGGCUCUUCAACUUUCUGAUGGUCAAAUCAUGAAAUAUCUCUGGGGAGCUGAAACACCAGUUGUCACCCCGUGGCUGAACAGCAGUGGUUCAGCUGUACGAUUUCCCUCUCCAUGUAUGCAGACUGCGCUGGCUUUAAUCGGCAGCGAAGAAAUUAUCUUUGGCCUGACAGACAGAUGUCGUUUUUUCAUUAAUGAUACUGAGGUUGCUUCAAAUGUCACAUCCUUUGCAGUCCAGGAUGACUUCCUGUUGUUGACCACACACUCGCAUACUUGCCAGUGCCUGUCCCUGAGGAAUACGUCCCUGAAAGCUUUGCAGGCAAGCUUGAGCAGCACCUCUGUCCCCAAUAGCGAGACCCUGCGCAAGAUUGAAAGAGGAUCCCGGAUAGUCACAAUUGUGCCUCAAGAUACAAAGCUCAUAUUGCAGAUGCCAAGAGGAAAUCUAGAAGCCAUUCAUCAUCGAGCUCUUGUUUUGGCCCAAGUUCGGAAGUGGCUGGACCGUCGCCAAUUUAAAGAAGCCUUUGAAUGCAUGAGGAAGCUGCGAAUCAACCUUAAUCUCAUUUACGACCACAACCCAAAGGUUUUCCUGGAAAAUGUGGAAACAUUUAUAAAACAAAUUGAUUCUGUGAAUUAUAUCAACUUGUUUCUCACAGAGCUGAAAGAAGAAGAUUUCACAAAGACCAUGUACCCACCUCUAGAUCCUGCUGGUGCUUGUGAUCUGCACAGUUCUGAUAUGAAGAAAGUUGACCUCAUCUGUGAUGCUAUGAGAACAGCCAUGGAGAACAUCAAUGCUCCUAAAUACUGCUUGUCCAUAUUGACUUCUCACGUGAAAAAGAGCCCCCCAGAACUAGAAACUGCACUACAACGAAUUCGUGAGCUACGAGAACAUGCUCCAAUGGCGGCUGGAUCUCUCAGUGCUGAGGAAGCCCUGAAGUACCUGCUAUUCCUGGUGGAUGUCAGUGAAUUGUAUGAUCAUUCCCUGGGGACAUACGACUUUGAUUUAGUCCUCAUGGUUGCAGAGAAGUCUCAGAAGGAUCCUAAGGAGUACCUUCCGUUUCUAAAUAAACUUAAGAAAAUGGAAACCAAUUACCAGCGAUAUUCUAUAGACAAAUAUUUGAAGAGAUAUCCAAAGGCUCUCCAACACCUCAGUAAAUGUGGGCCAGAGCAUUUUUCAGAAUUCUUGAACUUGGUAGUGGAUCAGAAAUUGUAUAAGGAAGCCUUGAAGCUGUAUCUGCCAGACACUCAGGAGUACAAGACGGUCAGCUAUGCAUAUGGAGAAUAUUUGAUCCAGAAACAUCUGCCGGAGCAAGCGGGCCUGAUCUUUUUCCGAUGUGGUGCCUUUGAGAAAGCACUGGAUGCCUUUCUAAUCAGUGGCAGCUGGCAGCAGGCCCUCUGCACAGCCGCUGAGCUUUGCUACCCAGAGGAUAAGUUGGCUGACCUAGCGAGGAACAUGGCAGGGAGGUUUACUGAAAAGAGAAAAUACGCCGACGCAGCAGUUCUUCUAGAACAGUAUGCCAAGGAUUAUGAAGAGGCCCUCUUGCUUCUCCUGGAAGGAAAUGCUUGGGACGAAGCCUUGAGAUUAAUUUACAAGUAUAAUAGGAGUGAUAUUCUAGAGACCAACUUCAAACCAUCUCUUCUAGAAGCCCAAAAGAAUCAGUUGGCGUUCCUGGGGACUCAGAAAGCAGCGUUUUCUCGCCAUCGUAAGCGUCUCUCUGUGGUUCGAGAGUUGAAACGGCAAGCCCAAAAUGACCUGCUUGAUCUGGAAGCACCAAAUGGCCCAGAAUCGGACCUUUUUUCUGAUGCCAGCAGCAUAAUGACAGCCAGCGACAUGAGUUCGAAGUACACUCAUAGCAACUCAAGAAUAUCUGCACGGUCCUCAAAGAACCGUCGCAAGGCAGAGCGAAAGAAACACAGCCUGAAGGAAGGAAGCCCCCUGGAAGAUGUUGCACUCCUGGAGGUUUUGGGGGAAAUAAUUCGUAGCAUUGACAAUAUGAAAGGUGAGGUACAUAGCCUUUUAAAGCAUCUAGUUCUCUUUGGCUAUGAUGGACAAGCUCAAGAGUUGCAGGCCGCAUUUGAGGAGACCCUUGACUUGACAGAGCCGUCUCUCCUUGAAAUCUGGAGUCCUGACCUGCAGCAGAUCCCAGCUAAUCCAAUCCUAGGUCCCAGUUCAACUGCCAAUAGCAUCAGUGCUGCCUACAAUCAGCAGAAAUCAAUGGCUCUUGGAGUACAAGAUCCAGAGUUAUUUAUGCCUCCCAAACUCAACAAAAGCAUGCAGUGGAAGCUGAACAUUCUUCAGUAAUACCAACAACAUCAUUGCUCACAGACUGAGGAUCUGUAUUUAAACAAGUGUUUUCUCUGUUGAAGUAUAUAUUACUCUCCAGGUCAUGCAGUUUGACUGAUCAUGUGUCCUAAAAGACAUGGACAGGACAAAAUUGAUGCAGAAUAACUUUGCUCUCUAUGUCUGGUUUAUAACCUCUCUCGGUUUCUUCUCCCUACCACACACUAGUAUGUCACAGAAAACUAGAAACAACUCUUUAAGCAUAGCCAUCAUAGAUCAGACAAGCAACUUGAGUUACUUCUUGGCUUCUUCAACUGUGAUGCCUUGAAACCUUAUAAACUUGAGUUGUUUUCUGGAGGUCUAAUAUAAAUGAUCUUUAAAAAUGUUUAAAGCAGAGCAAAGAUGACCUACUUUUUCCUGCACAGCUCAGGAAGUAAUACUGGACAUUCUUGUUUGAGUGUUAAAAACAAAUCCUUCACUGCACUGGACCUGUCAUUUUGAACAUCUCAAGUUCAGUCCUCAUUGGUACAUACACAACUGAAAGGUUUCAACUGAAUAUAUUAUUAUGGAUUUUCGGACAUUAACUUUGAAACACCAUGGCUUCACAAAAUGAAUACUGACGAGAACUUUCUGUUUCGCAAAAUUCAAGAGGGUAGUGGGAGAGGUAAUAAAAUUUUGUAACUUCUUUAUA